GUAAACAAACAGACUCUAGAGCCACGCCAACAGUGGGGUGUUUAAUACGAUUCAACCAACGACUGAACCAGGGUUGCUGGGAUCCAUGAUCGACUCGACACGAACAGGCUGGGCGAGCUGAAGCGUUCCUGCACCUGCGUCACUUCCCACAUCAAACCCCAACUCUUGUCAACAUCCCAACUCCCUGCAUGUUUUAAUGACUUGAUGCCGCGCUGAGCGAGUCUCUAUUGCUCAUUGACUUGAGCUUCGCAUCUGUCCUUUUGUUCUCUCUUCUCUUUCAACAUCUUGCAUCUGGAGGAUGCUUUAUCAAUCACAACGACAAUAAUAAUGCUUCCUUCUCAGCUUAAUGGCUCGCCGAAGCGUGCUAAUCCUUUCGGUCGUGCAUCUCCCUCGCCCUCCCCAUCCUCAAGCCCGCAGACGAAAGCGCGACCAAAAUCUGCAAUAAUAGCGUCGCCUGGGAAGUUUGAAGAGGCCAAAGGUCACUUUCGGAAUUCUUCUUCCAUCGCGCAGUCCUCCCUCGCCCCCUUCGCGCGGAAUGCGACCCGCCAGAGGUCAAACUCUUUGAGGAACGAUGCUGCGUCCGGCACGUUUGCGCCAGAAUUUAUCAAGUCAGAGGAUCUGCGACGAGGAGCAGACCAAAUUCGAGGACAGGAAGGUGACAAUGACUUCUCCGGAAACAAAUACGUCUGGUUACGUGACCCAGAGAAGGCUUUCAUCAAGGGACUUGUCCUAGAAGAAAAGGAUGGAGGGCGGCUAUUGGUACAAACAGAUGGUGGACAGCAACGGGAAGUGGAGGCCGACCAAGUUGACCGGGUCAAUCCCGCAAAGUUUGACAAAGCGGAUGAUAUGGCGGAACUCACACACUUGAACGAAGCCUCUGUGGUGCAUAACCUGCAUACCCGAUAUCAAGCAGAUCUAAUAUACACCUACUCCGGAUUGUUCUUAGUCACGAUCAACCCGUACUGUCCGCUGCCGAUUUACUCCAAUGAAUACAUCAAGAUGUACAAGGGACGGAGUAGAGAGGAGACUCGGCCACAUAUUUUUGCAAUGGCCGAUGUAGCCUUCCGCAACCUGGUGGAAGAGGGUGAAAAUCAAAGUAUCCUUGUGACAGGAGAGUCCGGAGCAGGCAAAACGGAGAACACGAAGAAGGUCAUACAAUAUCUCGCAGCGGUUGCGACAUCAGAUAACAUGUACUCACGUUCUGGCGCGAAGCAAUUGAGUACUCUUUCGCAGCAGAUUUUGAGGGCCAACCCUAUUCUCGAGGCCUUUGGUAACGCGCAAACUGUCAGAAACAACAACUCUUCCCGCUUCGGUAAAUUCAUCCGAAUCGAGUUCUCUCGAUCAGGUCAGAUCUCCGGUGCUUCCAUUGACUGGUAUCUACUCGAGAAAUCUCGGGUGGUGAAACCAAAUGUGCAGGAACGAAACUAUCACAUCUUCUACCAGCUGUUGAAAGGUGCAGAUGCGAAGCUGAGACAGCGUUUGCUGCUUUCCAACUUGCACAUCGAAGAUUUCGCAUACACCAGAGACGGAAAUGACAGUAUAGCUGGUGUUUCUGACGAAGGCGAGUGGAAUUCUUUGCUGGAGGCAUUUCAUAUCAUGAACUUCUCUGAAGAAGACCAGGAGUGCAUUCUUCGAACUGUUGCGGCUGUUCUUCACUUGGGAAAUAUUACCGUCAUGAAAGAGAGCUUACGAGCGGAUCAAGCUGCUCUCGGUCGUGAUGCUCUCGACAGUGUUCAACGAGCGUGCCAACUCCUCGGAAUUGAGCCAGAGCCCUUCGUCCAGGGUCUAUUGCACCCAAGGGUCAAAGCCGGCCGCGAAUGGGUUGAAAAGGUGCAGACUCCGGAACAGGUCAAGCUAGCACUCGAUGCACUCGCAAAGGCAAUCUAUGAGAGAGGCUUUGGAAACCUUGUCAACCGUAUCAACAGCCGCCUAGAUCGAAACACUGUCACGGGUGAGGAUAGCUACUUCAUCGGGGUUCUCGAUAUUGCCGGGUUUGAAAUAUUUCAGACAAACGGCUUCGAGCAGUUGUGCAUCAACUACACCAACGAAAAGCUGCAACAGUUCUUCAAUCACCACAUGUUUGUUUUGGAACAGGAAGAGUAUGCACGAGAGCAAAUUGAGUGGCAGUUUAUCGACUUUGGCAAAGACCUGCAGCCCACAAUUGAUCUGAUCGAAGUCACGAAUCCCAUUGGUAUCUUUUCUUGCUUGGACGAGGACUCUGUCAUGCCGAAAGCUACAGAUAGGUCUUUUACGGACAAGCUUCAUUCGUUGUGGGAUACCAAGUCCCCAAAAUAUCGUGCCGCUCGGCUCCGUCAAGGGUUUGUCCUUACGCAUUAUGCAGCUGAGGUCGAGUACUCUACUGAGGGUUGGUUGGAGAAAAAUAAACAUCCUCUUAACGACAAUGUGACUAGGCUCCUUGCGGCCUCGCAAGAUAGCCAUGUCGCCGAGCUGUUCUCGGACUGUGGGGGCGCUGAUGAUGAAAUCGACCACCCCAAGAGUCGGGUCAAGAAGGGCUUAUUCCGUACGGUUGCACAGCGACAUAAGGAACAGUUGUCGAGCCUUAUGAACCAGCUUCAUUCCACUCACCCUCAUUUCGUCCGGUGUAUUAUCCCCAACCACAAAAAGCGCCCAAAGAUGCUGAAUGCUCCCUUGGUUCUCGACCAACUACGGUGUAACGGUGUCCUUGAGGGUAUCAGGAUUGCCCGUACUGGAUUCCCAAAUCGGCUCUCAUUUACCGAAUUUCGACAACGUUAUGAAGUUCUCUGCCGUGAUAUGCCCAAGGGCUACAUGGACGGGCAGUCUGCAGCUCACAUCAUGCUGCAAAAACUCGCACUCGACAAAGCUUGGUUCCGAGUUGGCCGCACGAAAGUAUUCUUCCGUGCAGGUGUGUUAGCAGAGCUUGAAGAGAAGCGUGACGAAUUGAUUCGUACGAUCAUGACCCGAUUCCAGUCUGUGGCAAGAGGAUUUGUACAACGCCGGAUUUCCAACAAGAGACUGUACCGUGCGGAGGCCACACGCAUCAUCCAACACAAUUUCCGGGCCUAUCUGGACAUGAAGUCAAAUCCUUGGUGGCGUCUGUUUUCGCGGAUGAAGCCUCUUCUUGGUGAGACACGUACCGCUCAGGAAGUGAAGAGAAGAGACGACAAGAUCAAAGAGCUCGAAGCAAAAAUGAGGAAUGACCACAUGGAUCGACAGAAGGUGGAAGAAGAGAGACGCCGCGCCGAGAUCGAGAUGCAGAGAAUCCAGCAGACACUUGAGAGCGAACGAGCCUUGGCUCUCGACAAGGAGGAGAUUUUCAAGAGACUGCAACUCCGCGAGGUCGAGUUAAGCGAAAAGCUUGCUGGCGCUAUUGCUGAUCAGGAAAGUCUUGAAGAUCAGUUGGAUGAACUGAUGUUAGCGAAGAAAAAGGCAGAGGAGGAACUCGAUCUACGGAAGACGCAACUCGAGCAAGCCGGUGAAAUCAUCCUACGCCUAGAGUCGGAGAAGAAGGAAAUGCAGCAGAGCUUAGACGAGCUUGAGCAACGGAUCAUUGAGGCCCAAAACCAUUCCGCCGAGAAGGAGAACGAGAUGAAGGACCUCAGCCAAGAAAUAAAGAUGCUGCAAAGUCACCUCAGUCUGAAGGACCGCAAGCUACAGGACUUGGAGGCGAAGUUACUGAAAACCGACCAAGACCUUGACGUCAAGCUCGCGAAAACCUCGAAGGAGCUUGACCAAUCGAAGAAGCAGGUCAAGGAGCUUUUCGACGAGAACCGUUCUAUCCGCCAGCAAAUCUCUGAUCUUUCUUCGACGUCAACAGGCUACGAGGAGAUGCUCAGACGCAAAGACAGCGAGCUCUCCGUUUUGCGCAAUGAAGCCAAGAAGUAUGUCGAGGACAAGAAGCAACUAGAGGGCGAGAAGACUGCGCUUUCAAAUCGCCAUGACAGCAUGCAGAACCGGCUCAGAGAGUUACAGGCUCAGGUUGAUGCUAUGGCUUCAGAAAAGGUGCAACUUGAGCGCGAAGCUGCCGAUGUUCAGAAACUUCUUCAAGCCAAGAUGUCAGAAGACGUGGAAGCUGGGCAGAGCCGAAAACUCCUAGAGCAGCAGAUCCACGACCUGAAGGAUCAGCUUUUCCAAGCUCAGGCUGAUCUCAGCAGGGAACGACAGUCGAGAGACGACGUUCAGAUGCUUGCAGAACAUAAUCUGGCUGAGCUCAAGGACAAGUACACUUCCUUGAACGAGUCGAAGAUUACUAUUGAAAAAGAGAUGUACAUUCAGCAAGACACUCUGCGACGGGCGACGGAGGCUCGACUAGCCGCUGAGCAGUCACGAAAGGAACUUCAGGCAGAACUGAUCAAGCUGCGCGACCGGUUCACCCAGGUCGAAGAUGCUCGCCUGAAAGCUGAGGCUGAGAUGGAGCAGAACCUCGUGAAGCAAAACAAUCAGCGUCUAGAGAGCAUCAGAAAGGAAUUGGACGACACAGAGCGCCGCUUAGAGGAGGUCGAUGCAGAGAGAUCACGUCUUGCCCUCCGCGAGCAGCAGUUGAUGAACGCCAUUGCUGAGUCCGAAAACUUCCGCAUUCGCCAUGAUCAGCACAAGGAACGCCUGGAAAGGGAGUUGGUAACCCUCAAGGGCAGACUCACGGCAUCCGAGAACGACAAUCGCGCCCUAUUGACUAAGAUUCAGCAAAAGAACCUCGACAUUGCUCGGUCGACUUCCAAGGCAAGUGACAGCCAGCGCUUGCGCGUUGCGACCCUCCAGAAGGAAAAGUCAAAGUUGGAGGAAGACAACAAGGCGCUCUCUCGCCAACUUGGGGACCUCCAGCUAUCCAUCACUUCGUUAGAGAAGCAAAAGGAGAAGCUAGCCUUAAGCAUGGAGGAUUUGAACCACGAAGUCAACAGAGAGCACAAGGCCAGUCGCAAUGCUGAGAAAGCCGCCUCUGCUGCCUCAAUCCAACUAGGGGAAGCGAACCGGAACCUGGAAACAGAAAGGCAGCUGAGGACUCAAGCCCAGGCUAACACGCGGAAGCUCCAAGGGUCGUUGGAUACUGCCAACAAAGAAAUCGAUGAUCUACAUCGUCAACUCAUGCUUCUGCAUAAGAUCGUUGAACCCGAAGCCGACCCUUCGGCUGACACUUGGGAGCAGAUCCAGCCUGACCUGUCGAAGAAGAUCGACCUAGCUCAGCUAGUGGAGACCAUGCAGGGUAAGUUGCAAGUAUCGGAGGAAAGGUACAGUCGAGCAGAAAGCCAGCUUGUGGAAAUGCGGCGUCGACAUGGAGAUGAAAUGAAAGAACUCGACGCUCGCUACUCGUCAUCCAAGCGUGCCUUACUGGAGGAAAUUGACAACAAUCAAGUGGCCAGUACUCGUACCCCGACUCAUCUUCGUAAGAACUCGGAGAACGCUGGCGUGAAGAAGUUUGGCACGCCAACUACGCCCAAUCGCCGACUUAACUUGCACGAUGGAUCCAAUGAUUCUGCGCGAUCCGACAGAACAGUCGAUACUGUUGGCUACCAGAAGCGGAUGGAUAUGGCUGCUGAAAUUGAGGAGCUUCAGAACAAGCUACAGAUGACUGAGAUGCAGAACAAGCACCUUCAGAGCCAGCUCGAGCGAUCUGCUCCUACCCGGGACAUCUGGCAGGAUGAGAGUCCAUCAAUCAGACGCAUGCAGCUCCUGGAGCGGGAGAACGGCCGCCUGCAUGACCAGCUUGAUGAUUCAGCGAAGAAAGUAUCAUCCCUGGAGAGGAGCAUCCGCUCGGGUGAGCUCUCACUGCGGGAUGUUCAAGCCAAGUCCCAUGAGGAGCUUUACGACCUCAUCAACUCCCAGGAACAGUCCAGAAGGUCAUUGCUCAAGGUCCACAAUGAAACCAUUGCAGAUUUCACCGAUGCUAAGUCCCAGUUCGAGAAACUCAAGCGAGCCAAAGCGACUCUGGAAAUUGAACUACGUGAUGCGUGCUCGGAGACUCAAGAGCUGCUGGUUGCAAGAGAGCAGGAUGUGGCCAGCAGAAACCAGCUUCUCCAGGAAUUUUCCGAUCUGCAAAUUCGCCUAGACGCAGAAACCUCCAAAUCUGCCGACCUCGCCGCUAGCCUGAGUCUCUACAAGAGCCGUGCAGACGAGUACUUCGGCAAGCUCGAGCAAGCAGAGAUCACCCUUCUCAAAGCUUCUCGUGCAGAGCAGUUUGCUAAGGCUCAGGCCAAGGAGACCGAGGACAGCUGCGCCCAGAUUAUGGCCGAACGCAAGGAGAUGGAGGCCAUAAUUGACGACCUACAGCGACAAACGCAGUCCUUCGAAGCUAGGAUGGAAGAUCAGGCCGCGGAAUUGCAAGGUGCUCUUCAAGCCAAGCAGCGUCUGCAAAACGAACUCGAGGAUUACAGAAACCAGCGCGCCAUCGACAUCGAGGACAAGGAAACAUCAAUGGAGCAGACAAGGCAGAAGUACCAACGAGAGAUCACAACCCUCAAUAACGAGCUUGAGAUGGAGCGCGAAAAGGUUCUCAAUGUUCGUGGCGAAAGUUCUCGCCUCCGGGAGGAGCUGGAAGAUCUACGCAGUAAAUGGGACGAUGAAGUGCUGAACAGCUCGACCUGGGCCAAGGAAAAGUCGCGCAUGGAAAUCAUGCUCCAAGAUGUGACAACAUCUCGCGAUGAAGCCGCCAGUGCUCACAACGAAGCUCAGUCGCGGGUUGUAUCUCUGUUGUCGCAGGUUAGGAGCUUGCGAACUUCAGUUGAUGACGUGACUGCGGAACGUGAUAUGUUGCUCAAGGAAAAGAAGAUGCUCGAGGCGCGGUUGACAGAGGCUGGAGAGCGUCUGGAGGAUCUCGCCAAGGGAGAGAGUCCGUCCAUGCGCAACGCUGCUAGCAUGGAUCGUGAGCUUCUUGAGCUCAAGGCUAAGCUUGCUCAACAGGAGGACGUCUCUAUUGCCGCAGUUGGGAAGAUGAGGCGGGCCGAGGCUCUCGCCUUUGAGAUGCAAAAAGAAGUCACUGCUGAGAGGGAGGCCAGCACUCAACUCUUCAAGGAGAAGGCCGCAUUGGAGAAGCAGUUGAAGGAGUCGCAGCUCCGGUGUGUUGACCUGGAGACGAAGAGCUACUCGUCAGGCAGCCAGGAUAUCAGAUUCCUUCACAAGAGAAUCAAGGAGUUGGAAACCCUAUUAGAGGAACAGGAGGCGAAGAACAGCUCUGAACAGCGAUCGUUGCGCAACGUUGACCGGACGGUCAAGGACUUGCAGUCCCAAAUCGACCGUAGGGACAAGAUGAACGCUCAGCUCGAAGAAGAUGUCAAUAGGGGCCGUGAGAAGGUUGAGCGCCUUCUCAAGAGUAUCGACGAACUCCAGCAAAGCGAGUCAGAGUCGCAGCUCCAAGCGCGCCGCGCCGAGCGGGAAUUGCGAGAGGAGCGCGAGAAAUCCUUGAGGCUUGAGCGUGAGCUUAAGGGGUGGAAAGCUCUUAGGGUUGAAAGAGGAAGCAGCGCCAUCGGGAGAGCGCAUGUGACGUUUAGCGACACCGGAAGUCGCAAGGGAAGCGGUGCUUAUACAACCGGCGAUAUCCCUCAGCGGAUGCCCAGCAACACGAAAGGCUUCUUGUGAAUAAUUGGCCCUAAUCAGGUAUCGUUCAUGAUGCGGAAAUGAUCCCUCGGAGAUUGGGCAAUGGAUCAUGGCUAUAAAUUUCUAGCAAACCAGAUGUCUAUGAGGUGCUAGGGAGACCGAACGCUCCGUCAUUAUUUUGUUAUGUUCUACUCUUAUGUGACUACGCAUUUUGGAUGUUUAUGAUUUCGUUUUUUGUGGGUUGGGUGAACCUUUUGAGGUUAAGAGUAUAUGAUGGAGGAUGAUUGUUAUUCAUAUGGAGAAGGCGUAUACCAGCAGCGUUGUUUAAUUUGAUUUCUUUUCUAGAUCCGCUUGUGCUUUCACCCGUAUAUAUAUGACCACUUGCUCGGGUGAAAUUGCCCAGACUGACGUUGUAUAACUUAGUACCCCCGCAUCAAACCAAUGCCAGAGCUUCCUGAUAUCUUUUUUCCC